UAGGAGCUUAGCACAAUGGCGUUUUGGGAAGGUUAUGUGAGUGACGAGACAAUGGCGACCUUUGCUCCCAUUGUGGUUUACUGGCUCUACGCUGGCUUCUACCAGAUAAUGUUGCCUUCAAAGCUUCUGAGCAAAUAUCGACUGCAUACAAGGGAAGAAGAAGAGAAGAAGAACUUGGUGCCAUUGUCAAGUGUGAUCAAGAGGGUUCUGAUUCUUCAGUCUUUGCAGAUAGCAACCGCGCAUUUCUACUUCUCGUUAACGUCAACUGACUUCACGUCACCAAAGACCAUCCAACACUCCGUUCCGAUUCAAAUCUUGCAAAUCGCAGUAGCGAUGUUCGUGAUGGACACAUGGCAGUACUUUGGCCAUCGAUACAUGCACCACAACAAGUUCUUAUACCGUCACGUACAUUCCCACCACCACAGGCUAGUUGUGCCUCAGGCUGUCGGAGCCAUGUACAAUCACCCGCUCGAGGCUCUCCUGCUCGACAUGGGAGGAGGUGUUGCCUCUCUGUUAGUCUCUGGAAUGACUCCGAGAACAGAGGCAAUUUUCCUUUGCCUUGCUUCUGUAAAAGGUGUGGAUGAUCAUUGUGGAGUUUGGUUCCCUCCGCACAGUGUUUUUCCUUUGUUAGUUGCUAAUCGUUCUGCCUAUCACGACGUUCAUCAUCAGUCUCGUGGCGGAAAGUACAACUUUUCGCAACCCUUCUUUUCCUUCUGGGACAGACUUAUGGGGACUCACAUGCCCUAUGUUGUCUUGGAGCGCCCUGGAGGAGGCUAUGAAGCAAAGAUGGUGAUGAAAGAGUAAAAGUGGUCAGGUGGUGAAUUUGUAUUAUGGUUUGAAAGAGCAUGUGAGUUCAAAUAUUGUAUUGAAAUGCCACAGAAAGCAACUCCACAUCUCAUGGUUCAAGCUCCAGAAACUCGUCAUAUUUUACAGAGUUCAAAAGGCCACAGAAAGCUGCAAUCACUAAUAUACAACAUGAUGACACAAUGAAAGGACAUCAGCCAAUAUCUUCCACAACAAAUUUACCAUUACCCAACCGGCUCCUAUAUGUGAUAAAUGGUCAGACAGACUUAAACAAACAAUUCUAUUUUAACUCCCUCUAUGAAUUCUGGCAAAAACCCCCCAAUCCACAAGUUAAAAGACCUGCUGUAAGAGAUAAGUAAAAGACCACAAACUUUCACAAGUUGCAACUAGUCUUUCAUCAGCUUAGCCUCAUAGCCUCCCUCGGCUCGCUUCACCAGAACGUAGGGCAUAUGAGUCCCCAAGAGCUUGUCCCAUAAGGGGAAGAACGGCUGGGAGUAGUUGUACUUUGUACCUGGGAGCUGGUGAUGGAUGUCGUGGUAGGCAGAGUUGUUGGCGAAGAACAGAUGGAAGAUAUUGCCAGGCAACCAAAGGCCACAGUGAUCGUCGACUGUUUUUACCGUGGCAAAGCAGAAGAAAAUUACCCCCGUUCUUGCGGUCAUCCCAGAGGCAAGGAAAGAGAUUGCACCUCCAACUGUGUCCAGCAAUAGACCCUCCAGGGGGUGAUUGUAAAGGGCUCCAAUGGCCUGAGGGACGACCAAACGAUGGUGUUGAGAAUGUACAUGGCGGUAUAGGAAUUUGUUCUGAUGCAUGUAGCGAUGAACAAAGUACUGCCAUGUGUCCAUCACAAACAUUGCUAGAAUGAUCUGGACAAUCUGGAGAGGAACGGCAGGUUGGAUGACAACCUCGGAUGCAGCUGUAGUUGAUGUCAACUGCAAGUAAUAGUUAACGGUUGAGUAGUUAGUCAUUAGUAAUUACAAGAAGUAACCCAGUUUGAGAUGAGCUUCUAGCUUAUCUUCUAGUUUAAACUAUCUGGUAUAGAUAUCUUAAUC